GUUCUCCGUCUCCUCUCGUAUGACAGGCACGGACUGCGCGCGAGCUCGGGGGAGAAAAGGCAUUGCAGCUUCAUGGCACUGAGCUAUGAUUCACUCUCUUGCAGCAACAAUGAGCAACCAACUUCAAAACACCUCUUCCCUCUCCACGGCGGGCACGUGGAAUCUCCUGGAUGUGCGGAACUCAUCACCGGUGCGAACAGCAGAGCUGAGGCCGCUUCCCGUUAGCCCGUGGGACAUUGCGCUGUGUGUGACGGGCACGCUCAUCUCCUGCGAGAAUGCAAUCGUGAUCGCCAUCCUGUUCUACACACCCACCUUGAGAGCCCCCAUGUUUAUUCUGAUAGGGAGCCUCGCGUUUGCUGACCUGCUCGCAGGACUCGGGCUCAUUCUCAACUUCAUCUUCAUCUAUAUGCUGAACAUGGAGUUUGUAACUCUGAUCUCCGUUGGCUUGCUGAUCGCCGCCUUCUCUGCAUCUGUGCUCAACAUCCUGGCCAUCACAGUGGAUCGCUACUUGUCCCUCUACAACGCUCUGACCUACCACACGGAGCGCAUGGUGACAUUCACCUAUGUCAUGGUGGUUCUCAUUUGGCUGGUGUGCAUCAUCCUGGGCCUACUGCCAGUGCUCGGCUGGAACUGCCUCCGAGAUGAGGCCAGCUGCAGUAUCUGCCGGCCAGUCACCAAGAAAAACGCUGUGGUACUCGCUGUGACGUUCUUGCUGGUGUUUGCCCUCAUGAUGCAGCUUUACCUACAGAUCUGUAAGAUUGCCUUCCGCCAUGCGCAGCAAAUUGCUGUUCAGCACCAAUUCAUGGCCAUUUCCACCACAAAAGGUGUAUCCACGCUCUCUGUCAUCCUCUGCACCUUUGCUGCAUGUUGGAUGCCUUUCGCCAUGUAUUCGAUUGUGGCAGACUCCAGCUACCCGAUGAUCUACACGUAUGCAACAGUGCUGCCGGCAACAUGCAACUCGGUCAUAAACCCAAUCAUAUACGCUUACAGAAAUCCGGACAUCCAGAAAUCCCUGUGGCUAGCCUGCUGUGGAUGCGUGCCGUCCAACUUUUCCUUGCGGCCAAGGACAUCAAGCGAUGUAUAGGUUUCACAUAAUUAGUUUGUACUGUGUCAGUGUCAAUGAUAUGAUGUACUUCCUUGGUGGGAUCCCAGUCAAACAUUGCUGGUUGUGCAGUAGGUGUUGCAAUCCAAGAUGUCAACCUGCAAUGUAUAAUUAGAUGUCUUUAAUGCAUAGCAGACCUCUAUGCACAAAAUUUCAAGUUGUAUCAGACAUAAGACAGUUCAAACUGAACAUGACCUGAAUAAUCUUGAUAUUCUGAGAUGUUUAGUACAGACCCAGUGACAAAAAUCUAUAUACUAUAUGUGACCCUGGAGCAUACCCUUAUGACUGUUUUUGUGGCCCAAGGUCACAUAUAUCUAAUCUAAAUAUAUAUAUAUAUAUAGAAAGAUAUAUCAAUUUAAAAUUAUAUAUAAUAUUUUGUAAACAAAAUUAUUACCAAUCUGACCAAAUUUGUGUGAAGACAGCUUUCAUGUACAUGUUCAUGUUAUACGGAGUUCUUUCAGCACCACGGACAGCAGCAGGUACUAUUCCCUUGCAAACUCGCCUGAAACACUUAAAUCUGUGUUCACUUAAAAAUGUAUGAAUGACAGAGAGAAAACACGGUCCCAUGAGCGUCUGUCGCUUUCCAGCCAAUUUG